AUGGACUACGCAGCUUUGUCACGCCAGGAGCGCGACCGCCUCAUCGCCGAGGGAGCCGAUCCUGAUUCCGUCAUCCUCCAAAGCGAACUACACAAUCAUGUCAUACGACGAGAAGGCGAGUCCAUUGACGACUAUACGAAGCGUCACUCCGAUACUAUGAACGCCAUGAUUCGUCGCGGUGUUUCUAUUCUGAAUGAUCUGCUUACUGCUGAUGUGGUGCCAUCCGGAUUCGGAACCGAAGAUGGAAGGUUUUUCGAUUUGGGCCCGGAAUCGGGCGCGACGAAGGGGGAGUAUCGAGAAUUUAGUCAGUGGCUCUCGGAGGUAUCGGUAGCAGGACAGACGUAUGAGGUGCCGGAGAAGUGGUUGAAGUUUGAGAAGCCAGCGGGGGAUUUGAAUUAUGACAGCGGGGAUAGGCCAUGA